AUGGCUAUGGCCAGUGCUUCCGAUUGUAUAUAUAAUGUGCAGUUGCGAUCCUUGGUGCAAUUCAUUCAUUCACCCAACCCUUCAACUGGCCGUCUUCGGCACUGCCAUCUAUCAUUCAACAAAGUAACAGUGGAACAUAUUACAGGUCAAGUAGUUAAUCUCAGAAUCUUGGAUCUUAAUGGAGAACCGGUCUGUGCCAAUGGAAAUCAAAUUGUGAUUUCUCGACAUGAAGAUCCUGUACCAGAUUACACAAUCAGUCUUGGAAAUAUUCCCUUGGCCGAUCAUACCAGUGAUGCAAGAGGUGUAUUCUGUCAUGUUUACGACUUUCUCCAUAAGCAAUUAGAAAUGUCGAAUGAAACCAUUGGUCAAAUUGUAUCUUCGUCAUCUUCAGACUGUGAAGCCACGUAUACAGGUAGAAUUCUUCAGGGUCUUCAGCAUCUUUGAAAAGAGAAAUUCAAUUGUGCUCAUCUUCUUUUUGCUGACAGGGCGCACAAGAUCGAAUCAUUGAUAGGGAAGAUUUGCAAAGAAGCUGAAAUGAGAUGGCUCAAUCAAAUCUUAUCUCAACUGGAUAGUAUGAUCUCAAAAAUUUGCCAAUCACCAAAGCAACAUAGAAAUCUUAGGCAUGCUGAUUCUCUGAUUCACUGGUAAAGAGUAUGAAGGGGCUGGUGGAGACAAGAUUUAUAUGCUUAUGUAUUGGAACUACUCUGGCAAGAACAAGCUGCUGAGGGAGAUAACGAAAUUUGUGGUCACUUGAAGAAUUUAGUCAGUCCGCUUUUUCUAUCAACCUUACUUCUACUCGCCGACGUAUUUAGUCGGUCCGCAUUCACAAGUGAAGCUGCACAGUCUGAUCUGUAUCCAUUAUGGGAUGACAAAGCCAAUGUAGAUAAAUUUAUUGAAAACAUAACAAAAAUUAAUGAAAUGCCUGUUCUGGAAAAUCCCUUGAACAGACGGCUGUGUUUACAAUACCCAAGUAUCGAAGAAGGGAAUUUUACGCCAAAUUUUAGUAAACCCGAUCAGCAAGUCAACAUUUUACAACAUGAUGUUCAAUUCCAACCUCGAGUACGACAUCGUCCACAACCGUUGACACCAGAUGACAUCAUCAGAACAACUGAAGAUAGAUUGAACCAAUUAACGUCAGCAAUAUUACGAGAAGCUCCAGUAUUUUUAGCGAUGGGCGAACAGGAAGAAAAUGUAAUAAAGAUGUUUGAUGUCAAGUCGUUUGAUUACCACAGCUCUGAAAGUCUGUGUGAACAAAAUAACAAUGAAUUUAUUUCAUUUGCUAAACAUCUAAACAGAGGUAACCUUUCAUUUCCACGACACCGCUGCUGUGAAGUAUGUUCUGGGAUAGAUUGCUCAUGAUUUCUUGACCAGUACAUAGCUUUUAAAGAAAGAGUCCGGGAUAACAAGGAGAGAUUCAAGAAUUUUUGGUUUGUUGAAAACGAAGCACAUCAAAUUACAUGGAAUACCUCUAAUGUUUUAUGCUGCUUUCAAAAAACGGAACAUGGCUUACAUGAAGGUAUACCGGAUUUGGUUGAAAUCAUCAAAAUUUGCCUUGUUAUGUCCAGAUCUCAAUCAGAUAUAGAACGAUUUGGGAAACUUGCUAAAGAUGUGUCCGAAAAAAGAUUUUGUAGAAAAUUUAAUGAAACGCAUCAAGACCAAAAUAAAAGGGACAGAGUUACUCAGGAAACAUUUAUUUAUGGUAAUUCAGUCCACUCCAUUCCCUUCCACUCGAAGAUCUGAGAAAAGAAUGGAGUAAAACACAUUUACCAGCCAUUUUAAGGAGCAAUCCAGACAAGGACAGUUCGACCCUGGGGACUCUCCGAAAUAAAGAGCUAAAAGUAAAAUUUUGGCUUCAAAAACAAUAAACAUAAUUAAACAACGAAGUACACUUAGUAACUAUUUAGCACUAAUAAAUGAAGUACUGUAUUGACAAUAGUGUGUAAUUUGUUUUGAGCAUGGAUAUUGGAUUUUGGUUAUGACUUAUCAGUUUCACUCUCACGGACUUAUCAGUCAAAACAUAAUAAAUUGCUAUCACUGGAAUCCUUUAUCUUCUUAAUAUGCAUGCAGAGAGUGAUGCACUUAAUAUAAUCACAAAAUGACAAAUAUCUAAACAGCUAAAUAUUAAUAUACGUAUAUAACAUAAGAUGUUAUUUUAGGAAGACUUAGUAUAAUGUGAAAAGAAGUUUUAAAAACUGAUGAACUAAUCUUUUUUAUAUAUAUUGGCAGCAACUAUUUACCAUUAACCAGGAAAUUAAAAAGGGCCACAUGCAAUUGAUGCAAAAUUGCUUUAUUGCACAAUAAAAAAAUUGAAAAAUUAGGCAAUGAAACAAAUAUUAGGCUAACCCCAGGCAUGAGAGAAAUGCCAUUUGGAGCCCUGAGAGUAUAGUGAAGCUCAAUCCCAGGCACUUCGUGAAUGAUUUGGGGGGGGGGGGGGGAAAUUAGGUUACCACCUGGUUGAAAAAUUAUUGGACAUCUUACGCAGUUAUUCAGAUAUCAUUCAAAGGUUCUCAGAAAUGAGUGAAGAGGGGCAGGGGGCUGUUGCUUUCUGCUCCUCCCCUCAAUGUCUUGGCUGCCUCAAUUGAUCAAGAGCACUCAUCUUAGGGCUUCAAGAAGAUAAAUCAAGGUAACCCAAUUGAGAGACAAGAACAUAUAAAAGACUUUUUUACAAUUUAAGCCAUUAACUCUUUCUUGACAGGUUCCUAUUAAUGUAAAUCACUCAUGAUUUACUCACUUCGUGGUUCAUAUCUUCAGUUCGGUAAAUGCUACGUGGACCAAAAUGCCACCAUUCGAUUCAGUGUAACGAUAGCUACUCAUUCCUAUCGAUCGAUUUAGUGAAUGGCAACAUUAUGUAUAGGUUAUUUUGAGGCAAGGAGGGGAUAUGUGAUUUAUUCACCGAGGCGCACAGCGCCGAGGUGAAUAAACACAUAUCCCCGAGGUGCCUCAAAAUAACGUACUUAUUUUUCACACUGCGAGGUCGCGUUAAUGAGUCAGGAUAGAAAUAAUUCUUAAUGCCAUAUUGCCUUCGUUAUGUUGUUUUUUUUCCUCAUUUUUUGUGCUGCAAAGACAUUGCAGGUGAAUAUUAGAGGGGAUUAUUAAUUGCAGGUGAAUAUUAGAGGGGAUUACUGAACGGAAAUUGAUUAGAGGGGAAUAUUGAAUAUAUUCCCCGAUAAGAACAAAGGAAACCGAGCCAGGAGAAAAAUAAAGUGAUUUAUGAGCUUUGAAAGUCAAACGAGCUCGUAUAUGAUCAAAUUAUGCAAUAUUACUGACAAAUUUAUAUAAACAUACCUUUCGCCGAAUAUAACUUCGUCCCAUUGAGACGUACGCUUAUUCUGAUAGUCUUGAUGAAUUAAGCAGUUAAAAAUAACAUUAUAGUGUUAUUUUCAAGCUUCUAUCUUUAAAGUGCGACUUUUAGUGCCGAAUUUUGCAUUUCUGCUCCGAAUUUGCGUUAAUUCCAACCGGAAAUACGACGAAAAACCGUCAAAACAAUGCUACGCUUGUAUCGCGUGACUCUGGAAAUGCCAGAAAUGGAUUCUACAGGUCAAAGUGCACCCAUACGCGUGAGUUUGACGUCAUCCUGGCUAAAGGGAGCUCCUUAUUGGCCAAGUAUUACGUAAUACAAGCGUGAAAUAAAUAUUUCUAGUCGGCGUAUACAUACGAAACUUUCUACAUGAAAGCGCUUGAAUACAAAGAGUAUUUUACACAUAUAGCCUUUCAGAAAAUGACGAAAAGUUUAGAAUAUAUUCAACUCUUUCUCUUUUUCUCUUUUGAAUGUUUGGCGAAGCGGUGAGUAUAAUAUAUGAUUGUUUCGGUUUGUGUAAUGUUUUGACGGCACUUGACCCCCCGUUCGAAAGGUUAUUUUGCGAGUAUUACAAUGGUGGGUUUUGUUGUAAAGGGGGGUAAAUACUCGCCGAGAUAUUUAUUUUAGAAAAAUUGAAUCGUAAUGUAAUGCAAAACUACUUGUCAGGAAAGAGUUUAAAUAACAUCGCUCAAAGGGUGACUGUGUCUUCUAUAUAAAGCGUAUGUAUGAACUGAUCAGUGAUAACUUGAUUCAUUCAUUCAGCUAGGUGGUUCCGAAUAUUGAUAAUAAGACACAUAUUAUUUAACUGACCAAUAACUUCACAAAAGUGAUAUUCAGUUUUAUGAUGUUGUUGUUGAAUCAUUUCAGUUUUAUGAGAAAAAAAAUCAUUUCAGUUUUUCUUGUUAAAGCAUGUCAUCAACCUUCUUCAUAGUUCAUAAUAAAUAAUUAAUGAAUGAGGUUGAGCAUGAUAUCAAGAAUUAUCAAGGAUGAGGUUUGUGUUAUAGGAAUAGACAAACUGUCCAAACGUUCCUUGACUGAAUGUUUAUUCAGCCCUAAUCUAAGAGCACUGAGUGAGCUCUUCAAGUACAACUUGCCAUUCUGUUUUCUAGCUUCGGCAUAGAACAACUUCAAAAUUGCUGUCAGCUUUACAGCAUUUGUUGGAUAUUCUUUUUUGCAUUUUCUAUAGAUAGUCCUGGAAAAGACCUUAGAACCGUUUUCUUGCUCUCUGCAUGCUUUUGCUAUCUUUUUCUGAGAGCAACAUUGAAAAUUCUUCAUUGUUUAAUGAUGGAAACCACCUAAAUGCUAUCUUUUUACUGUUAGCAGCUGAAAUAACGGAUCAUCUAGACAUGGAGAAUUAGCAGAAUAGCAGGGGCGUUUUGACUAAUAACGAAUGAGAGUAAAGUUUGAAUAUAUAUAAUAAUAAACUUUAACAGGCAUGUGCGAACAUUGUAGAUACAUAGAUGUUGUCACUGUCCAGGAUACCAGGUGUUGCCAAUAUACAGUUGCAGAAUUUUGAAAGCCUAUAUACUAUAUUUGGUACAUGACAUCAAUAUUUCUGCUGUUUAUAAUUGAUCUAUUUUAUUUUAGAAAUGUCAUAGUCAUAGUUGAUGGAGCACAAAUGAACUGUUUAUGGCCAAGUAAAUAUAUCGAAUAGGUAAUAUAUUGUAGGACUUCAAAGAUUUGGAUUCUUGCACUUCACUUGGUGGAAUUAAUAUUAGAAUGUUAGGGUUUGUAAUCUGAGUGAUUAAUAUACAUUUUAAGACCUAACCGGGAACCACUGCAAAAAAUGCAGCACAAGGUCCUCUGGUAGGAAUUGAACCUACGGCCCUGCGAUUUAGGUCAUUCAUCAGUAACAAAUGAUAAGUAUAUGAAAAUUAGGAGUAUAAUCAAUGCAUAUAGUUGUUCAAUAAGAUGAUAUAAUUCAGCAUACCAGAUCCAUGCAAUAAUAUUCUGUCAUCUGGGAGAAAAUCUGAAAAACAGAAUUUACAGGUUUAGUUGUGUACAUUGUGUGCUAUUAAUAAUAUCCCGACAUGACAUGACAUGAUAUACCAUAUGUUGUUCAUUGUAAAACAAUAUAGUGUGAGGUACAGUAGGGGAAGGGGGAUAUAAAAUUGCUUAUAUCUCAUUUGUGUCGGUUUUCUUUGGUCGUCCGAGGUUUAUAACUAGCUAAUAUACCUUGAAUAAAUAAUUACAUCAAACUUUUCGACAAAACGCGAGAAUUUUUCAAAAAUUUUUGAAAAUGACAAAAUAUGUUAGAAAACCUCCACAAAUGAUAAAUAAGUUAGUUAUAAACCUCGAAAGUCGGUUUAUAAUUGAUAUAUUGCCCUCGGACACUGCGCAUCCUCGGGGGAAUACAUCAGUUAUAAACCUCCUUCUCGGUUUAUAACUCUAACUUACCUGGUGUUCUUGGCAAUGACAUUCUGUUGUAGAAAUCAGGGUGGAUAAAGAAGGGAGCACCCCUCCCUGAUAUAUAGUUAUACAAGUAUGCAAGUUAAUAAUCAUGUCUGGUUGCAAGUUUAAUUAUAAGUAUUGACAUUCCAAUCUGAAUUCUAAUGAUAUUCCAAUUAGUCUCCUUUGUGUAAGUAGUAAUAGGGACCUUUAGCAUGCCACUUUUUCCAUGCGACGGUGACGGAGGUGACCGCGAAGGGCCUGGAUCUGACAACGCUGUCCUUGCUCGUUCCUGCCAAAUUUCGAAUACUUUAGCAAACAAAAAAUUGUGGACGAUUGCAAAACAUCAUAGAGAUUUUAGAGAAUUGCUUGUACUUUCAUACGAUAGCAAAUUCAUUUCUGAUACGGAAUUUUGCUUCCUGUACGAAUAUUUUAUGUAGAAAAAUCCUGAUUUUUGCUAGAUGAUGUAGAAGAGGCAGAAUGCAAGGCCGAGUUUCGUGUGUUAAAGCAGGAUUUACCUCGUCUUCGAGAGGCUCUCAGGAUACCAGCGAAUUUCAAAUUGGAACAGAGGAGUAUUUGCAACGGUAUGGAAGGCUUAUGCAUGCUUUUGAGAUGUGUGUGUUACCCUUGCCGAUACAGUGACAUCAUACCUUGGUUUGGUGGCAGGCCAGGUUCAGUUAUCAGCUUUCUUACAAACCAUGUCAUCGAUUAUAUUUUUUAUACCCAUGGAUAUCUUAUCUCGGAGUGGAACAAAACCAUUUUAAAUCCUGUUGCCAUGCAAAGUUACGCAGACGCCAUAGCAAUAAAAGGCACCCCACUCGAUAAUGGACGCAACAGUCCAUCCAAUUUGCUGACCCGGAGAAAACCAACGAUUGGUAUACAAUGGGCAUAAAAGAGUUCAUGCACUGAAAUUCCAGUCAGUUGCCUUACCUAAUGGUUUAAUUGGACACCUUUUUGGAUCAACUGGUAAGUUUACUUUUCCCUUGCCUUGAAUUUUAAUUCAAGCCACAUAUUUGUAAACACUUUAUUAAUCCCCCUUCCCUCAAAUAAAUCACUAUUAAGCCCCCUUUUACGUAAAUUUAUUAAGCGCCCCUCUUGAUUAGUCCCGCCCCUCUUGAUUAGUCCCCCACCUCCAACCCACAUUUUUUUAAAUAAGAUUUAUUGAAUUUUACAAGUUUGUUUUUCAUUUUUGGUUCCAUGACUUUAAACAUGCACUUGUGCUGUUUUUUAAGAACCCCCUAUGGGAGGAAAACAUGGAAGGGGGGGGAGGAGGAUAUAAAAUUCUGUCAUUUCUGCUGGGGGGGAGGGGGUUGCAGCAACUUGAGAUCUGCCUGUCCAACUGGAAAUAGGAGGCUGCAGACCACUCCCCCCUCCAUCACUUGUCUAGCUUAAGCAAUUGACAAUAACAAACGUUUAAGUUGUAAAACUCAAACAUACUGUAAAUCCCUUGUUUACAGAAGGUCGAAGACAUGAUGCAGGGAUCCUGGCAGAGUCUGGACUCCUACAAGAUUUAGAAAACCAUGCUUACUCACCAAAAGGGCAGCCCUUGUGUAUAUAUGGCGACUUGGUCUAUCCUCUUCGUGUUCACCUUCAAACCCCAUUUCCGAAAGCACAACUUAGACCACUCAUGCACGAAUUUAACCGGUCAAUGAGUCAAGUAAGAAUUGCAGUUGAGUGGCUAUUUGGAGAUAUUGCAAAUUCUUUCAAGUUUACAGAUUAUAAAAAGAAUCUAAAAAUCAGUUUAAGCAGUGUGGGUAAAAUGUAUGUACUAUGUGCCUUGCUUAGGAAUGCAAUCACCUGUCUUUAUGGUAAUCAAACCUCUGAGUACUUUGAUCGACUUGACCCACCAACACUAGAAGAGUACUUUCAAUAA